UGAAUAAUUAUUUUAAAAUAUCGGAUAGUCUAUAGACUUAUUUAUUGACUACUUUAAGAACUCGAAUAUUUUAGCAAAUUGACCUUGAACACAAAAUUAAAUAGUACAUUUUAUACAAUUAGUUGUACAAUUGAGACUCGAUUUCUGCCUUUGCUAAGCUAUCUAAGCAUAUCUACUGGUUGUGGUUUAUGGUUGACACUCUGGGCAAUAUAUUAUUGCAUACGCAUAUAUAAAAUUUGUUUUGAAAAUUGAUUUAAAAAGACUAACAUAAGUAUUUAACAAUGUCGCAUGAAAUAUCAUCAUCAGAAGUAGGAUUUCGAUUAUCUCGCGAUGUUAAGCCAUUUUGUUACGAGCUACAAAUGAUUCCUGAUUUAGAAAAUGAGACUUUUGAAGGUAAUGUAACAAUUAGUAUUAAAAACACAGGGACGCCGAAAUCUGUGGUAUUACAUCAAAAAGAUCUCAAUAUAAGCAAUGUAUCAAUAAACUCAACGAGUUCACUAGAGGCAAUAAAAAUUAAAGAAAGUUAUUCGAACAAUGAGGAUGAAACUUUCACAAUUGUUCUAAAUGAGGAAUUAAUCCAAGCAACAUAUAAUAUUUUUUUAUCAUUUUCUGGAUCUUUAUCAGAUAAAAUUGUUGGCUUCUAUUCUAGUCGGUAUAAAGAUGAAGAAAAUCGAACUAGAGUUAUCGCUACAUCCAAAUUUGAACCAACAUAUGCAAGAAGAGCUUUUCCAUGCUUCGACGAACCAGGUUUUAAAGCUGAAUUUAGAAUACAAUUAGUAUAUCGAAAUGACUAUAACUACAAUACAUUAUCAAACAUGAAUAUUAAGGAAAUUUUGGUGGAUAUGCCCGAGCAAGGAUUGACGACAGUCAAAUUCGAACACACUCCACCAAUGCCGACAUAUUUAGUAUGUUUUAUCAUUAGUGAUUUCGUUGCUGUAAGUAAAGUAGCAAAUAGGUUGGAUGGAAAAGAAUUGCACGUUAGCGUCUACACUACAAGAGCGCAAAAGAAAAAGGGUUUAUUUGCUCUUGAUAUAGGUGUUAAGAUAAUUGAGUAUUAUAUUAAUCUCUUCAAAAUUGAUUAUCCACUGCCAAAAUUAGAUAUGGCAGCUAUUCCAGAUUUCGUAUCAGGUGCUAUGGAAAAUUGGGGACUUGUGACGUUUAGAGAAGCUAGACUUUUGUUCGAUGAUAAAUCAGCAUCUACAACAAAUAAAGAAGGCAUAGUUAAAGUAAUUGGACAUGAAUUUGCACACAUGUGGUUUGGUAAUUUAGUCACAAUGGCUUGGUGGGAUGAUCUAUGGCUGAAUGAGGGUUUUGCAACAUAUAUGCAAUAUAAAAGUUCCGAUGCAAUACUACCCGAAUGUAAAUUUUUGGACCAUUUUUUAAUCGAAGUCUUGCAUCCAGCUCUGAAAGCAGAUGCUAUUUUAAGUUCUCGUCCUAUUGUACAAGAAGUUAGCAAUCCUGAUCAAAUUACUGCUAUUUUUGACGUUAUUUCCUAUCAAAAGGGUGCAUCAAUUUUACGCAUGUUAGAACAUUUUAUUAGUUCUGAGAUUUUCUAUAUAGGUAUUAAAAACUAUUUAGAAAAAUUUACAAACGGCAAUGCAACGACUACUGAUCUUGUUCAAAUACUACAGCAAGCAUAUGAUAAUUAUAAUGGCAUAAAGACUACAGAUAAAAUUAAUAUUGAAGAAAUUAUGAAAACUUGGACAAAACAAAUGGGAUAUCCAGUCGUUAGUGUUUCCAAACAAAAACUUACAUACACUUUGACACAAAAAAGAUUUUUAUACAAUCCUAGUAGUAAUCCUUCUGAUAUUUCAAAAUCUAGUUACAAAUGGACUAUUCCAAUUACAUAUAUUACAAAUAAAAAUUCUUCUCCGACAAUAGUAUGGUUCGACAAAGAUGCUAGCAACUUGUCAAUUAAGUUGGAUGAACCAGUCGACUGGAUCAAAUUUAAUGUUAACCAAGUUGGAUAUUAUCGAGUAAAUUAUAAUCAAUCUGAAUGGGAAAAUUUGUUGAAUAUACUUUUAACGAAUCCAGAGUAUUUUUCUGUUCAAGAUAGAACACACCUUCUCGAAGAUGCUUUUAGUUUGGCUAAUGCAGGAGAGCUUGAUUACAUUAUACCACUGAACAUGACACUUUAUUUACAUAAAGAGAAACACUUUUCUCCAUGGGUUGUAGCUGCUAAUAAACUAAAAGCUAUAGACAAGUUACUAUUCUCAACAAAAAUUUCAACAGAAUUUCGCACAUACGUGAGAGAUCUGGUGGAUAGUACGUAUCAUGAUGUCACUUGGAAUAUUAAUGAAAUGGAAGAUCACGAAAAAUUAAAUUUGAGAAGUUCAAUAUUGGAACUUACCUGCUCGAUUGGCCAUGGUGAAUGCUUAGAAGAUGUUGGCAUCAUUUUUAAAAACUGGAUAAAUGAUGAAAAAAAUAACUAUUUACAUCCAGAUAUUCGUGGAUACGUCUAUUACUAUGGUAUGAACCAUAUCAAUCGUGAAGAUAACUGGAAUAUCAUGUUUGAAAGAUUUACUAAAGAAACUGAUGCUGCCGAAAAAAUGAAAUUGAUGCAUGGAUUGGCUGGUAUUCGCUUGACUGAGGUUUUAAAAAAAUAUAUUAAUUUAGCAAUGGAUGAAAAUUACGUACGUACACAGGACGCACUCAAUUGCUUAAGUAGUAUUUCUAUGAAUCCUGUUGGAUGUUAUCUGAUAUGGGACUGGGUGCGUGAGAACUGGCUUCUUCUUGUUAAGCGUUACACUUUAAAUGAUCGCUACCUUGGGAAACUAUUACCGUUAAUUACAAUGAGCUUUAGUACUAAAGAUAAGUUAAAUGAGAUGACAGAUUUCUUCAAAAAAUAUCCAGAAGCUGGAGCUGGUAGCAGUUAUAGAGCUCAGGCUCUUGAGACAGUAGCUGCAAACAUUAAAUGGGUAGAAAAGAAUAGUGAAAAAAUUAGCGAAUGGCUUAAUCAGGAAAGAAAUGUAUUUAUUAAAAAGUAUGUUUAAUUAUUGUUAAAGAAUAUUUUAUACUGUACUUUUAACCUUUUAAUACAUAAAUACAGGG